AUGAACACUUCUCCGAGACUGUUAACCAUUGUUAACACAAGGAUAAUAUCCCGUAACUUCAAUAGUAAAAAAUUAUUAUUAGCAUAUGCCACCGGUACUGCUGGCCCACUCAAUGCUUCUUUUGUCUACAAAACAAAAUCGUUUUAUUCAACAACAUCCAACACUACCAAUCCAAACAAGAACGAUAAAAAAGAUGUCGCAACCACUAACACCGCCAAAAAACCUAAGAAACCAAUCAUGGAAAGAAUCAAACACGAAAUAAAACAUUACGUUAACGGUACAAAAUUAUUAGGGUAUGAAAUUAAAAUUUCUUCAAAGUUAUUGGGAAAAUAUCUAACCGGACAUGAAUUGUCACGCAGAGAGCACACUCAAUUAAGAAGAACUUCUCAGGAUGUUUUUAGAUUAUUUCCAUUUGCUGCAUUUGUCAUCAUCCCCUUUGCCGAGUUGCUGUUACCAAUUGCCUUGAAAUUAUUCCCCAACUUAUUGCCAAGUACCUAUGAAAGUGAUUCAGAUCGCAAAAAAAAAGUUGUGAAAUUAGCUGAUAUUAGGUCAAAAACAAGAUUAUUUUUAAAAGAAACAUUUGAAGAAAAUGCCAAAAAACAACAAUUCAUUGAGUAUGACAAUAUCCUGGAUGAAAACAAAAGAAAGGUUUUUUUCAAAUUUUUCACCAAGUUGAAUUCCCCCAAAAAUGGUGUGGCUGAAGUUUUCAAUAAGGAUGAGGUUAUAACUGUUGCGCAAAUGUUCAAAAACGACACCGUUUUGGAUAAUUUAUCUAGACCCCAGUUAAUAGCCAUGGCUAAAUAUAUGUCUUUAAGGCCUUUUGGGACUGAUAACAUGCUACGUUAUCAAAUAAGAUCUAAUCUAAAAAAAAUUAUUGAAGAUGAUUUAUCUAUUGACUUCGAAGGUGUAGAGAAUUUGAGUUCCGACGAGUUAUAUCAAGCUUGUGUUGUUAGAGGUAUUAAAACAUUUGGCGUUACCAAACAGGAUUUGAUUGAUCAUUUGAAAGUUUGGUUAACUUUGAGGUUGAAGGAUAAAAUACCUGGUGUUUUGAUAAUUUUAAGCAGCAUUUACACAUUUGAUGGUUUGCCAAAGGAAAUUUCUGAUUCCACCAAAUCUAAAUCUUCUUCUUCUUCUGCUGCUGCUGAUAACGGUACUAGUGUUUAUGGUCAUUGGGAGCCACCCACUUUCAAUGGAAAUACUAAUUAUGAUAAAUUGUUAAGCUUACAUUACGACGCUAUUUUACAAGUUUUGAGUUCCAUCCCAGAUCCAGUUUACAAUGUCGCCAAAUUAGAUGUUACCGAGGCGGAAGAAAAGUCUUCUGCCAAAAAGAAGGAAGAACCGGAAACUGCUACUGCUACCGCUGCUGCUAGUGCAACCAUUUCCACAGCAAAUGUUGGAUCUACGACUGCCACUGCCACUGCUAAUGCUGGGGAAUCUAAGAAAGAAGAGGAACAACCAAAGGAAACUGUUGAAAAAGAGGAAGAAGAAGAAGAAGAACCUAAACGUAUCGAUUCUAAUGAAUUUAAAUUGAAAGUAUUGAAGGAGCAAGAAGAGUUGAUUAAAAAAGAAAACGAAGAGGAUAAAUCAAGAUCCGUUAAAGAAGAAAAAGAACAAGCUAAAGAUGACAUCAAAUUGGAUGAAGACGACGCCAAGAAAAAGAACUAA